AUGAGUUUUUGUGGUGGUGCAGCUCACUCAUUGGACAAUUGUCUUCGAGGCGCUGGUCAGGCGGCGUCAACGUAUCGCGCUGAAGGUGCACAACGGGAUUUGGAACGAGGUCUGCCUGAUGCGGACAGUCGCCAGCCACCUCAAGAUUCAGCAACGAGGAGUGCAAGACGGAAACCAAAAUGUUCGAUAUUCACAAUUGAACAAUGCAAAAUCUUCCCGUACAACGGUUCCAUUCCAGUGAUGUCCACUGCUAACAUUGACUCUGAUACUGCCACUUCAUCAGUGCCCUNUAAAUUGUAUGAGCAAUCCGGUAGCAAAUGUGUUGCUGUUGUUGUUGUUGUUGUUGCUGUUGAAUCUGUUUCAUGA